AUGCUGUCCGGCCCUAUUCCCGACGGUAACAGCAGCGGCAGAGGAUCAUUCGGCCAGAUUGCUUUCAGUGUGCGUGAUUCCUUCUUCGCGUUUCAUCCACCUCUUUCUUCCAUAUUUUUCUCACAGCCUCCGUUGAAACAUGGACGCCAUCAAGAAGAAGAUGCUUGCCAUGAAGAUGGAAAGGGAGAAUGCCAUGGAAAAGUAAGCUUCUUUUCACCGGCUUCUAACCGUCAAAUUAGGGCUGUCAAUCUGGAAAAUCAAUUGAAGGAGAAGGCUAACGAGUUUGAGAAGAAGGAAGAGGAGAUGAAUGAGCUGCAGUCGAAGUUAAAGAAUGCCCAGACGGAUGUGGACACUGUUCAGGAGUCGCUCCAGGAGGCCAUUGUCAAACUGGAGGAGACGGAUAAGCGCGCAACCAAUGUAAGUCACCCGUUCUUGUACAUAUUUUUGAAUAUUAAAUCUCAUACCGGGAUACCCAAAAUGCGGCACCGAUCCGCAAGCGGGGAACUUGUUACGGAUACUUUAGAGAUUAAACAGCUAGCUCUUAGUCCCGUGGUGGUUUUGCAUCUAUUUUGCAAAGGGAAAAAAUAUUCUAAAAUAAUGUACCAUCUGAUCGUAGGCGAAACAGAGAAGACCUCCUUCAGAGCAAAAGCCUAG